CAUGCAUUGAAUUAAUAGUGGGACGGAGUGAGUGAUCAGAAAACAAAUCAUAUAUAAAGGCUUAAGUCCAGCUCGUUUCAUUACUUUGGCAUCCACUAAACAGGUUCUCAAAUAGUAUUACACUGCCUACAGUCCCACUCAACACUCAAAUCAUUUGUUCAAUCUUCAAUCUUCCAACGCUUUCCACUUCACCAUGUGCAACCAGGAAAUCGCUGCCAACGGCUGGACCAGCACCCCGGCCAAUGCAGGCGCCAUCUUCGGCGAUCGGCCGUUCAUCAACAAGCCGGAGGCUCUCUCUCUCGACGCUAUCCAAUUCCCAUUUGAUGACCCAGUCGUCGCAAAGACCCUGAAGUAUGCAAAGGAGAUCCUGCACCCCGAGACCUUCAACCAUUCCAUGCGGGUCUACUUCUACGGAAUGGCCAUCACCAAGCAGCAAUUCCCCGCGCAAGCCGCCGCUCUGAACCCAGCAACCUGGGCUUUGACCUGCCUGCUUCACGACCUCGGCACCGCGGAGGAGAACCUGACCGCCACGCGCAUGUCCUUCGACAUCUACGGCGGCAUCAAGGCGCUCUCCAUCCUCAAGGAUUUUGGCGCCACGACCGACCAGGCCGAGGCGGCUGCUGAGGCCAUCAUCCGGCACGAGGACAUGGGCGUCGACGGAACGAUCACCUACAUUGGUCAAUUGAUCCAGCUGGCCACGACAUACGAUAACACUGGGUUCCAUCCGCAUGUGAAGCAGUUCGGGGAGCUGAUUCAUGAAACGACCCGUAAGCUGGUCAACGAGGCUUAUCCGCGCAUGAAGUGGUGCCGGUUCUUUGCGGGGGUUAUUCGCAAGGAGGAGAGCAUUAAGCCUUGGUGCCAUUCGACGCAUUUGGUCAACUUUGAUGAUGAAAUUGAGGGUAACACGCUUAUGAGGCAGUGGGAGUGAGGAGUGGUUAUACGUCACUUGGGGGUUUCUGGGUUGAGUACAUGCAUUCUCCUCUAACUUCGAACGUGAGCUAGAUCCAGCACGAGUGGUAAGGGAUAGAUGUCAUAUUCACAUUCAUGUGGACUGUAUAUGAUGUAACCACUGGUCUCU